CUCUGGGAAGAGACACAUUGUAGGUUAAGCACUAAACAGGAUACAUUAGUUUGAGCAAGUGAGCAAGUAGAACAGAUUCACCAGAGUCUUGUUUGGCACGCAAGAGGCCUAUACGAACCAUCUCUGUUCUAUUUUCUGAAAUGAACUGAAUAUUGUGGAAUCUGUUGUUUUCAUACUGAUGAUAGCGACGGGAUGAUGUUUGCACUUAUUUUGAUGUUGUCCAUUUUUGAAGCUGACGGAACCAAUCGAGUGACCACAACGUGCACAGCUGAGGCUUGCCUUACGUUGCAUUUGGAGGAGGAACAUUUUGAAAAGGCACAUCGAAACUGCACCAACAAAGGCGGCAAUUUGGUCACGAUGAGAAAUUACAAUGAAUUAGCAAAUGUCAAAUCAGUUCUUUUAGCAGCAGGAGAACCAUCUGCCCUAAACUCUAAACUUUGGAUAGGACUUGCGUUGGAUAAAGGACACUGUACUAAGUUUAAUGAGGAGUUGCAUGGCUUCAGAUGGACGUCCAAGCCGGCAGAUUCCAAAUAUUCCAGAUGGAAAAAGAAACCUUCAAGAACGUGCACGGAGAAAAGGUGCGUGUCCGUUUCGUUAGUGGAUGAUCUGAAAUGGUCGGACGGCUCGUGUAAGGAUGGCGCCUUUUAUAUGUGCAAAUUUCUUUUCAAAGGCACGUGCAAACCCAUAAUGUUGGACGACCUUGGUGAAGUCAAUUACGAACUUCCAUUUUUAUCCAAACCACUUACUCAGAGUGAUGGGAUGGCAAUGUUACCGCAUGGAACAUUUGCUGAAAUAAGGUGCCGUGGGUCAGAGGAUAUUUCGCCAAUUUUUUCAGUGUGUAAUAACAAUAUGGGUUCCUUUGGCUGGACAAAUUCGGACCGAUUUUGCGCGCGAGAUAGAAGAAGUUGCGAACACAAAAACGGAGGUUGCGAUCACAUUUGUUCAGAAACUUUUGGGUCAGGUAUCAGUUGUGAAUGUCGUGAAGGUUAUUACCUGAGGGAUGAUAAAGUUAGUUGUGCUAUCAGAGACAACUGCGAAAAUUCACCGUGUAAAUCAACGUGCGUAUCGACACCAACUGGUUUUUCAUGCGCGUGUCCGGAUGGAUUUCAGUUGGACGAUGACAACAUCAGCUGCGUUGAUAUCGAUGAAUGCCGUCAAAGUAUCUGUGGUGAACACAGGUGUCACAACAGUCCGGGAAGCUAUUUUUGUGAGUGUAAAACUGGUUUCAAACUUUCUGAAGGAAAAUGUGAAGAUGUGGACGAAUGCACCGAAUCAAGAUGUGAACAGGGCUGUCUCAAUUCACAAGGUUCAUUUUCUUGUUACUGUUACGCAGGUUUCAGCUUUUCAUCAGACAAAGGUGGGGCAUGUAAAGAUAUUGAUGAAUGUCUAAAUAGGCCGUGUGAAGACACUUGCAUCAACACUUUAGGUAGUUAUAAGUGCUCUUGCGCCCAAAACUUUACUUUAGCUAAAAAUGGCAUUAGCUGCAUUCCGAAUCCUACAGAGAAACCACAAAACACCCCUCUAUCUCGAGAAAAUUACCAAGAAACACCAAUCACAAACUUGAGUCAGUUACCUAACGGGUAUGGACCUACAGCACGCAGUCCACUUUCACCUAACAAAAAUAGUAAAACAGACUCAGUCAAACGCAAAGAAAGUUUUCUCGCCAGUUCGUGGUUUUUGCUGUGUGUGGUGGGUUCAGCUGUUGCAUUGUUUAUGCUUGUUGUGAUCACGUCCGUCUUUCUCAUUUACCGAUGGAAACGUUCAAGAAAGACCACCAAGAAAAAUGCCACUGCUGAUAACUAUUGCUGGGUUUCAUCUGGACUGGGCAAUGUAGAAAAAACCCAACACUGACUUUUUUUUCGUGGACAUUAUCAGCAUCAUAAAACAUGGAGGAUAUUAUUGUUUUAGUUUAAUUACUUAUUUUUUGUCCUCAAAACUGAAACCUCAAUGUUGUAAUAAUUGUAAUAUUUGUCAAAUUAACAACAAAAAAACGAGUACAACGCUCUGAAACAUUAUGAUAAAUAAAGGUAGAGUUGACUGGAAAUGUUGUAAAUAUUUGGUAAGUUUGUGACAUGUGUUUUAUAUUAAUUAAAAUUUCUGAUGACCAAAUUGAUUUUAUAUUUUGUAUACCUUUUACAUUUAGUACAUAUAAAUGACCUUUGUCCGUCAAAUUAAAGAUGUCACUGUUAUAUUUGGGUUUUACAUUAUAAUUGUAUGUACAGUAAAUCACAGAAACGUAGGCUGGUUUUUCAAAUACUAUAUUUCCACAAGUUAAUAGUGCAUGUAUGGAUAAGUAGGCUUAUUAAUAUUGAAUCAUUCUUAAAAGUCAUUUAGACCCUUUAAUUUUUUGUAACUGAAUAUACAAGUGAUUGUAAAUACAGCCUGCUUCUAUAUAAUAUAAUGCCCAUUCAAUGUCAAAAUGUUUUUUGUAAAUUGUAUUUCUGAUCUUUAUGUCAUUAAUAAAUUAUUGACAAUAAUUA